AAAAAAAGCAGCUAUCUACUGCAUAUCAGUUCCAUGUGACCAGCUGUUCUUUGUCUGAUCUUGCCUGAGUCAAAUUGAGAGAGUUCCUCUGCCAGUCUCUAAAUAUAUUUAGGAGGGGAAAAAACACCUCAGGGAUGGAGGCUACCAUCGAUCUUUGCUUCUUGAUAAUGUAAUGGCGAUGCUGCUUUGAAAACCAAACCAGCCAAAUGUCGAAAAGCAUAUAUAACUAGUCACCUUUUUAGUCCAAGCAGCAACUCUUCAGAGCUGGCUCUCUGGGAGGCACCAGGCUUCCAUCCACCAAAGAUAUAAGCACAUGUAUAACUUUAUGCACAGGAGCAGUCCCACUGACCUCUGCCUGCUCCCUCCUGCCUGGCUUUGUGCUAUAGUUUAAAAAAAGCAGUGUACAUAUCUUCACAGGACAGUCUCAUGGCUUGUUCGCUGGUUGGGGGUGGGUGGCAAGACCUGUACCUCAGUGGAUUGACCAGGAAGCAGUCUCUGUGAAGAGCACUUUGCAGAGAUUUCCUCUCGUUUAGCUCACUCCCACAGGUUAGCCAUGCUGCAGUGCGCUAUCGGGCGCUGUGCUAUGAACUGCUUACAGGAAGAGACUCAUGUACCACUCAAGGGCUUGGGCAAGGGCAUCAGUUACUAAAUGAGUAAUAAGCCAAUUAUAUGUUGACACAAGCCAUGUUCAGAGAUUUUAUUUAUUAAUUUAUUUUGAGAUAUAAUUAUAAGCACCUUUCUUGGGCUCUGAGCACAUUCACAAUAAUUAUAAUACAGUUUCCAUUAGUUAGAGCCCAUCAUGAAACCUAACUUGUUCGAAGGCUGAGUAAGAGUGGUUAUGUAGACAAGGUCUACAUGACUAUAACAGUCCUUGACAGGAGCCUCUGUUGAGACUUCAGUGGUGUGGGAUAAUUCUUCCCAAGGUGUGGAAACUGUCUGCUUUAAGGGGCAAAUCCUGUUGAUAUCAGUAGCAAAUUCCCAUUGAACUCAGUGGGGGAUCACAAGUUACUAGGGCCAGAAGCAGGAAUUGCUGGGUAAAAUCUACGGCCUGCUCUAUUCAGAGAUCUCCUGUAUUUCAAUCUUCUUAGAAACUAGAAAAGAUUAUCAAAAUGGUCCCUUCUGGCUAUAAAUGAGUCUGUGACCAUGAUCUAGUUCUAACUUACUACUAUUAAGAAAUCCAUCUUCAUUGUUGACUUUGAAUUUUUGGUUUACCUACAGAUCCUUUUGUUUUUUUCUUCAUUAUAUUUCUAGAUCCUAUUUUUAAUUAAGUCUUAUCCGAACUCUGUCUAGACUUUACCUUUCUAACCGUUUCCUUUGGUUAAUUUAAUCACCGUUUCAUUUCCCCAUCUCUCUUUAUGUCCUCUGCUUCCUUCCCUGAAUGCUAAUCUUUUAUCUCAAUCUGGAUCUGUUCCCUCUUGGCCACCAAAAUAGCGCCACACCUCCCCUCUCCCUGAAUUUCAGGCUUUUGACUAAAUAUCAUCUUAGAGAUUCCUUUACAGUAUUUAAACCACAAGAAGCAUCUGGUGGCAGUUUGACACUUCUCCUCAAAGUCUGUUAUUGGUCAUUACCCUUUGUUUAAAGCUCUUUAGCCAGAUUUCAGUUCCCAUGACAGUGGCUUUAUCCAAGCCUAUUUGAAUGACGUUUUCAGCUACAAUUUCAUGGGUUUCCAUAUUCAAAGUCUUACUAAAAUCCAAACUGUAUGUACUUGUUACUGUUUUCUUUUAAUCUGUUUUUAAAUGGCUCCCAAGUAUAGGUUGGAUACAUUUUUAACCACAAAAUUAAUUGUCUGUGAUUCUAAAGGAGAUGGGAUUCAAGAAAGGGAACUGAGAUUCCUAGUUUUCCUCUCAAAACAAGCUACCAAUGACUGAGACAAGGGCUAUUACUGCUUUUAGUGAACAUCCUCAUGAUGAUUUUAUUAUUUAUUUUAGUCUAUAGAGGUUCUUAUAGUGCCCUCAUUACUAGAGUAGUGCAUUAAGCAUUGUAACUAACAUCUGUCAUGGGUAGUUUUGUUCUCUCAUCUCCUCCGCGAUGGAGAAUUGAGAGGCAGAGAAAGGCUUCAUUAAAUAUCAUUUUGGAGGCCAUCCCAAUGUAGGAGUUAACUGUAAUUCUGGUAGCACUGGUUCAGGAAUCAUGAGGAGUGAGUUAUUGUACACUGUUUUCAGAAUAGGGACAGUAUCUUCCCAUGUGUUUGUACAGCAUCUUUUAGUACAAUGUGGCCUCACUCUUGACCAAGCACUUUGAGUGCUAUGGUAGCUGUACAAAUAAUAAACAGAAGCUAUGGGAGCUUAGCACCUCUAAGAAAACAAGCCAUUUAGUUGCCUACAUAUGGAGUUAGGUGCAUAACUUUACGCACCUCAGCUGCAGCCAAAUGCUGCUUGGAGUUGAGGAAGGAGCACAAUGGGUGCCCAUUGUGGUGGUGGUCAUCCUGGCCCCAUCUCUGGAAUAAAGUUGGGUUGCUUUAAUUUACGCUGGCUGCCUAUGGCCCAAGUAGCCGGGGAUUGGCAACUCUAUGCAGCGGUAAUCCUCAAGGAGUUGCUUAAACUGGUUUUAGGGCUGUUUUUUUUCCAGUGGAGCUAAAAGCUCCCAGUGGGUUAAUCCCACCUCCCUCCUUUUCAGGGUGUACCCUAACUAGCCACAUUCACCCUCACAGGUCAGUUAUGACGCACACUCCCUGCAGAGUUCCAACCCUUGCUAAUGUGAGACUAAGACAAACAGGAGAACAUGCCAACAGUGAUACUUGGAGCUGUACAGGAAGACAGUGUUUCUGACCCAAGCAGCUUAGAUACAAGGAAGGGACCCAGAACAAAGUGACACAGACGUGUUUGGAGAGGGCUCAUGGGAGAAGUAUGUUUUGAGAAAGUAUUUGAAUGAAGAGGGGGAGAAUAUUUGGUGCCUGAGAACAGAGUUCCAAAUAUAAGGAGUGGCCUGGAUGAAGGCAUGUAGGCCUGCAUGGAGAUGGAGUAAUUAGAAAGAAGGCUUGGGAGGAAGGAUGGGCAGCCAGAGGGAGAACAGGAGAAAUAAGAGGACCAAAGUUGGGUGGGGGGGGAGUUUGCACAGGGGCUUGGUCAGGAGAGAAAGAUGUGUGAUCUUUCUGUGGAAGAGGUGUCCAGGGAAAGGCAUUCAAAGCAGUUAUGACAUGAGCCGAGUAGAGGUUUGUGAAAAUUUAGCUAACAGAGCACUAGCUCAUUUCGGUGUGGGCUCUCUGUCUCGUCUGCUGUCGCUUGUGGCCCCACACCCACAAGGGUUCAGGUGCUUCACCCACAUAACCAUGAGCUCACAGGGUUUUUUUAUUUCCUUGUCAGCUAAAUUUGUUUUCCAUCCUUAUUGGAGAAAAAAGUCCCCAGAGAGUUGAUGCCUGUGACGUCAUGAAGCAGGUUAACCAGCCUAAAGGAACGGUUGAAGGAAAUACCCUCCGAAAGGAGAGUGGAACACACCCUUGUAGGAAUUUCCUGAGGUCACGAGCAGACAUUAUAAGCAGGUUGUCCAUGGCCAAAGUAAUCAGUUCAGAGCAGCUGAUUUUCUGAUAUACCUUAAGUGAAGCUUUAAGUAAACUCCCCUAUUGAGCUGAAAAUGACAGGCUUUAGUAGCAUGACCUUUAUCCUGGCUUCUUUGGUGGGGCUGCUGUGCCUCUUCUGCACUUCUGAGGCCCAAAGCAAUCAAGACUGCUGCCUCUCCUACAUGAGAACUGAGCUACCUCGUCGGACCAUCAAUGGCUACACAGAGCAGUUAUCAAAUGAAGUCUGUGACAUCGGCGCUAUCAUUUUCCACACAAAGGGUGGGUUGAAAGCAUGUGCAAAUCCAGAAGACAAUUGGGUGAAGAAGCGUCUUCUUUGGCUGAGCAAAAAGCUCAAGAAGAUGUCAAUGUAAGACAGUUUCUGAACUGGAAGUAGACAGAGAGGUGGGCUGCAGAACCUAACCUACGUUAGAAUCGUCUCAUUGUACACUGUUGUGUGCUUGCUAUCUACUUAUUGCUGGCUUCUUUGGAACCAUUGAACUACUGAAGUUGAUUCAUAUUGCAUCACUUGUUUGCUUGACUUAAGCACUGUGUAAAAGUUUCUUUUUCUUUGCAACCAUAUAUAUUACAUGUUUGAUUACUAUGUAAAAUAGAAUAUGAUACAUGUGUAUUGGGUACUGUGUGCCCUACUGGGUUUAAUGUACAGUGUAUUCGUGCAUAUUAGCAUAAAUAAAACAGGGUAUUCUGUUCAUUUCAUUUUUUUUGUCUAAAAGUGUUUCCCUUAAUUUCUAGUGUUGUUGAAAAAUAACAUAGGCUAAAGUUAAUAUUUAAUAUAAAGACAAUGGAUGAAACAUAAGUAUUUACUCCUGGGGGAAUUCUGCGCGACUGUGCAUGCGCAGAAUUUAUGUCCCCCACAUAUUUCUUUGCUUCCCCACAGAAAAAUGACUUUCUGACUGGGAAGCAAAGGAAAGCCACAAAAGCAGUCAUGCAGCCCUCCCCACCAGUAUGUUUUGGGUGCACAGGGCAGCUGGCAGAGAGGUAAAUCACUGUGGGCAGGACUGG